UCUUCAGAUUCUGGGAAAAAUACAUCCUCUCCAGAUCUUGAAAAAUGGAGGGAAUCUCAAAUUGUGUCAUACUAACAUAACACAACAUAACACUGUAAUGAUUUGAUACAUAGCUAGAUAGAACUUUAUUGAGCUCAAACUGGGGAAUUCUUUUGUUAGAGUGGCAAGUAAUCAAACAUUAUUUGGACAAUAGAAUAUAGAAAUAUAAAAUGUAUACAAAAAUAAGUAGUACAAAAAUAAAUAAAAAAAAAGGAAAUAUAAAUCUUAAAAUUUGAUAAAUAAUACAUUUAUAAAAAUGGUUUAUUAAAUAAGAUAAAAAUAGCAGGAAUAAAACUGAGGUAGUGGUUGAUCUUUGGUGGGAAGUUAUCAAAGGGUCAAAGACUACCAGGGGCCUGUGGAUUUGUUGGCUUUCAAUAACAAUACUGUUGGUUUGUUCAGAUUUGACUGAAUAGAUAAAAAUUUAAAAAAAAAAAAAAAAAAAAGUAAGGCGGUGUGGAACCUGUGACUUGGAAUAAUGAAUACUGCUACUGAGAAAAUAUAGAGAAUAUUCAGUAAAGGCAAGGUUAUCAAUACCACUGUUUAAAGGGAAUUAAUUUUGUGUCAAACUUGUGUUUAUUGAUUAAAGUCUAAGACUAUUUAUAUAGCACAUUUCAUACACAAGGACAAUUCAAAGAGCUUUCCAGAGGAAUACAAUAUAAAACAUGAUAUAGAAAAGAGUGAAGAGAAAAAAGAUACAAAAAGUAAAAAUUACUAAAUGAUAUUAAGUUUUUAAAAAAACAUUAAAAAUAGCAAAUGUACAAACAAGGUAAAAAGAAAAAUCGAGUUUUAAAAUUAGUGGCAAUAUACACCAUUGACAUGGUUAAGUGAGAUCAGGGUGUCUGCAGGUCAUUUAGGUCUUAAAUAAAUAACAGAAUGGCGAACCAGGGUGUCUGCGAGUCCUUAAAAAGUCUUAAAAUGUCUUUCAUUUUAUAAAUGUCAGGCUUUGAAUAUCAUUCAUUAGCCUUAAAUUUUGAAUAACUGAUGUCUUUAUUUCAAUAUGAACAUUUUAUCAAAUUCUACGGAUCUACUUAUGUCAAAAUGAGUCAAGUUCUCCUGCACUCUGUCGACCACUAAUCCCAUACUCUAUACUUACCUGUUGGAAAAUGCUUAUUCUAAAUUAACCCUGUUCAGUUUGUGCUUAUUUGUCACAUCUAUAGAUCAUCUGUUUUCACCGAGCAGUUCAGUUCAGUUCAGUUUGCUUUUUUCAGUUUCCACAGUGAAAAGUUGUGGAUGGUACCAACAGAAGUGUUCCUUAGCGUCCCCAUGUUUGGUCCCCCCUCUGUUGGGGUACCUAGCACACAGAUCUGGUACUAAAAGGUGGAGCUGUGAACACUGCAGUCUGAUUGGUCAGUAGAGGACGGUCACUCUGCUCAGGGCUGAGUUGUGUCUGGUUUUGAGGCUCAUGUAACCACUGUUCAUACUGUGGAGAGUUUUAUUAGUAAACUGUAACUAUAAAAUGAAAGGAUGUUUUGCUGCCUCUCACAGCAGCUGGAUGAAAAAAUAACUUCAUUCACUGGGCCGACUGCCGGCAACUUUUAAGGUGGAACGUUAACUUGUAACGUUACUCAGUGCAUGAGUUGAUGACGUGAAUCCAUCAGCACACCUUAAAUUUCACUGUGACAACUUUGACCAUCACUUUAGUUUUUAUAUGACACACACUUUUAGCAAUGAGUGGAUCUUCAGGUGUUUAUAUGUUUUAAUAUAUAAACACUUAAAUAUAUGUUUGAAUAGCUAGUUGUGGUUUUAUUGUGAAUGUUUGUGUUAUAUGUUGUAUUUGUUGCAUUUUAAUGUGUUUUGAUUGGUUGCUACCUUGGCCAAGAGAUUUUCAAUCUCAAUGGGACUCCCUGGGUAAAUAAAAGUUAGGUAAGUAAAUAAAAAUAAAAAGGAACUUCACGUGCUUAUGACAUUAGUUAUUUGUGCGUAUGAAGCGAGUCAAAACAAGAUAUUGUAAUAAAUUUUAGUCGUGAACGAUCAAGAGUAGCUUAGAACUGCCACCACCUUUGUUAACCUGGUUUAUGAUACAAAAAUAGCCUUUAUUGAAAAUACAAAUUUGUAAAAACUAAAGGACACCCCUGCACAAGAAGCCCCACAAGGGUCAGUCACUAUAAACUCAGCUAGCCACCCCACGUCCCUAAAACACACAGCACAAGUAAGUUAGGUCCUGUUCAUACGACAAUGAUUUCAACCGAAAACUAAAAACUUCAGUUGCGCUUUGGCUGAUCGUUUACACGACAGCGGCGUUUUGGGUGCCUUGCAAUAUGCAGUUCCUCUGAAAAUGGAGACUAUUCACACAUGAGCAUUACGGUUCAAGUCACUAGGCAUGUGCGAGAAAGUCGACCAUCACAACAACAAUGGCGGACUCCUGAGCUCUGUUUGUGCUGCUCACCCUGUUGAAUUUAUCGAAGCUUCUCCAGCAAAGUGAAGAUUUACUGUAGCAACUCCACCUCGCCAUCCGUCCAGACAAACGUUCAUGCGGUUGCCAUUUUGUUUUUUUAUACAUCGCCUACUUGCUUGGCAUGUAAACUACAGCGUUUUUGGUCAUUUUUGCGGAUCCGUGUGAACGGCGAUUGUUAUAAAACACUGUCAUCUGAACAUGGAGCUUUUUUCAAAACGAGAAACGAGUCUGUUCUCAGUGGAUCGUUUCCGUGUAAACGCGACCUUAGCAUACACUUUGCUCACACCUUAACAGAAACACUGCUCGCAGUAGUAAUAUCACAGUAAAUAAACACAUAUUCUAGCAUUCAAACUUGUGUGAGUUAUGUGACACAACAUAAAAUGGUUUCAAAUCAUUGGUCAGAACUAGCCGCCCCCAUCCUCUGAUGAGUAAAGAACAGUCCCUAGAAUGAUGUAUGACCUCAACAAAGUCUGUGUGUGUUUCACCCUGAGGGAAACGUGGUUAUCUGCUGUGAUAAUGUGCCCGGGGGGGGGACCUGCUAAACAAAUAAACAAACAACUAAUGUAAAUCUUCCUGUAGUAAACAGUCAAAGGGGCAUUCAAGGUCCGGACAUCCCGCCUGUGCAGAACAAUCACUCUGUAGAUUCGCGCUCGUGUGUCAGGUGGGCGUGUUUCUGCUCUGUGAUUGGAUGAGCGCUGUUCCCUUUCCUCCGCUGCUUCCGGUUUCUUUGACUUGCACGCCCAGCCCCUGAAUAAUGAUAAUAAUGAUCAAGAUGGCUACUACAGAAUCCUCCUUGCGGUAGCUAACCUCCAAUUUCAUGGAACCACUCAAAACUGGUUUUUCUCACUGUUUAAGUCCCUCGUAGGUGACGAGGGCCGCGACACGGAUUAUUCUUUAUGGAUUAAAACGGGCGGGGAGGAGAUAAAAGUCAUUGUGUUGCCUGCAGCACUCAUUCUGAGGAAGCUAGCUAGCAGAGCGGCUAAGCUAGCUCUACUUGUCGACCAUCUCCGGAUUUAGCCUUCCAGCCAGCGGCGGCUCACAGGAGCGUGGCGCUGCCCGUUUUGCGUGCCCGCUCGUCGGACGGAGAGCGUCAAAUGGCCGAGCCGAGGAAAGUGCCGUUCGUCACCAUCUCUUCCUUCAACACGUCGCCGCCGCAGACGACCCCGGAGUCCAGCAAGAAGCGCCGCCGCGAAGAUGAGGCCGUCGAUAUCACUUUUGGGAAAGAUGGAGGUGGAAGUGCGGCGGCGGCGGUCGGGUCAGGAGGUUGCGGAGGUCCGUUUGGGAACACGAAGGGAGGCGAUGGGGACACCGGGGAGGCGAAGCCCACAGUCCGCCUCAACCUCCCGCUGUCCGAGCCCAAUGACCGGGGGUCCUCUGAGUUCAACUACGGCGAGCUGGUCAACUCAACUCUUACUCAGGUAAAGCAUGCAGGUUCAACAGUCCCUAAAGGACUUGCUCCUCCUCUGGACCCCAGUGACCCGUUUGCUGAUGACGACCGGGAGAGACGGGAGGUGGAAGAGCUGGCCAAGAAAUUUGAGAACAAAUAUGGUGGCGUCUCAAAGAAGAAGAAGAAGGACAGGAUGCAGGAUCUCAUCGACAUUGGCUACGGCUACGAUGAGACUGACCCUUUCAUAGACAACUCAGAGGCUUACGACGAGCUGGUGCCGGCGUCUCUCACCACAAAACAUGGAGGCUUCUACAUCAACACAGGCACUCUGCAGUUCAGAGCAGCGUCUGACUCUGAGGGAGAAAACGCAGGCGCAGAUGAUAAUCGCUUCAAGAAGAUGAAAGAUGGCGAGGAGCGGGUGAUUAAAAAACGUCGGAAAAAGCAAGAUGGUGGAAUUCUGGAGGACAAGAAGCCCAGAAAGAAUAAAGUACCAAAGCCUGGAGUUUCAGCCCUGAAUGUUCAUCGUCCAGAAAAGAAGAAGAGGAAGAAGCUGAUGAAGGAUUCCAUCCACCUCGCCAACAUGCUGCGGCGCUUCACCAGGGAGAAGGAGGAGAUGCGCAAGAAGAACCUGGCUGUCGCCGGUCUGCCACGUCCCACCGCCAAAGUGCCCAACGCCAACAGUGCACUCCUCAACACCCAGCCCAAGGCUGCCGGGAGCAACGAAUGCAACAUGGCUGACCUGGCCGCCGACCCGGCUGUGAUGUCACUGCUGGGCUCAGCCAAUAACGACAUACUGCAGGACAUGAUGGGCGACCUGGACUUUGGGAUGCUGGACUCUCCUCAGCCCUCCAGUCCUCUCCAGGGAGAGAACGGAUCCUUUGGGACGGGACAUAAAGCAGGUGGUAGCAGAGUGUCACAGGGGACUGUGGUGGCUCCUCCCCCUCUUCCCAGUGGACUCCCUGCUCCACUGACAAAGCGCAUCGAGGACCUGAGAGCGGCGUCUCGUCUGUUUGAUGCAGAAGGCAGGAAGAAAUUCUUCACACUGGACAUGAACAACAUCCUGCUGGAUAUUGAGUUGCAGGUGCAAGAGCAGCUUCCAGAGGUGCGUUCAAUCGUCUAUUCUCACCUGGAGGCCUUUGUGCCCUGCAAUAAAGAAGCUCUGCUCAAACGCCUUAAGAAGCUCAGCCUCAACAUACAGGAUGACCGUCUCCGAACGCCCCUGCUGAAGCUGAAGCUGGCAGUGUGCAGUGUGAUGCCAGAGCAGAUUGCUCGGUACAACAUGGACUGUAUCGCUAAAGUGGCAAAGCAGCAAUCUGAGGAGGGAGAGAAGAACGGGUCAGAGGACGAUGACGAGGAGAAACCAGGGAAGAGGGUGAUGGGCCCUCGAAAGAAGUUUGUCUGGGACGACAAACUCAGGUUGUUGCUUUGUAACCUGGUGCAGGUGAAGCUGGACUGCUACGAGCUGGAGGGAAAGAACUCUCUGUCUCUAGAGGACUACCUCAAAGCCUUCAUGGAGACUGAGGUCAAACCUCUGUGGCCUAAAGGCUGGAUGCAGGCCAGGAUGCUGUUCAAAGAGAGCGUCAUGGCUCAUGGUCACCUCACAGGCUACACAGCAAAGAAAAAGAUCGUCCCUACGCCCAAGGCCAAGCCAAAGGAGGCCGUGUGGGUUCAGCGCCCCACGCCUUCAACAGGAGCCACGCCCUCCCCCGCAGCCCAGGUUACCAAGCGACCACCUCAGUCACCGUCUGAGCCCAUAUGUCUCGAUUCCCUCGACGGGGAUCUGACAGCUCCCUCUCUGGACUCCAUCUCCCAGGCCCUGGCAAUCCUUGGCAACGCAGCCAAGGGCCUGGCCCACGGAGACAGCCCCCCGUCCCCCGAGGGACCCAAGACCGUCACCAAGCCCUCUCCGCUUCACGCCUCGCCACUCAUCCAGCAGCAGAAAAAGAACUCUGUCAGCACUCCCAGCUCCAACGCACCUCACUACAUCUCUACCUCUUCGUCUUCCUCCACCUCUCUGUCUCGGCCGUCCUCCAUCACGUCCUCUCCUCUGACCUCAGUGAGGGUGGACGCGAUGGGGGUCGUUAAGGGCACGGUGCAGGCGCACAGACACUCAGUGUUAAACACUCAGAGGACUUUGGCUGUGGGUGUGGCUAAAGCCAACAUGCCUGCCUCAGCGUCAUCACCUAAACCGCGCCCACCGCCCACUGCGUCUCCGCUCGUGCCCCCAGGAUCAAAGACGGGGGUGUCCACGCCCACUUCAGGCCUCCUCAAAGGCAGCAAUAAUAAAGCCACCAGUGGUGACACACUCAUCAUCACAUCGCCUCAGUCUCGGCCACACACCCUCACGUCCUCCUCACACUUGACCCCUAAAACCUUCCAGACGCCCCGCCUAACCCUGACGCCGCAGAGUAAAUCCUCCCCCUCCCUCUCUCAGACUCUUUCUGGGGUUCAGCCCCAGCCGCAGUCGAACUUCAUCACCCCUAUGCACGCCACUCUCACCAAGUCCACCCACAGCAGCAUCCCACCCAUCGUCAAACUCACCCCGCGCACCCUCAACCCUGCUGUGACCACGACCACCUCAGCCUCACCCUCCAUCCCCAGGUCUCAGGCAAACCCCCCCUUACACCAGUACCCUCCCAAAAACCCAGCAGGGUUCCGCCCGCCGUUCUCAGGUGCCCAAGGAGGAGCAACGAAGCCGGGGCAAGGCAGCUAUACUCCUCCAGGCAGCCAGAAGACCCCCAACAACAACAACAACAGCACCACCAACACCAGCCUUAUUAACACCAUAUCCAUAAGCAAACAUUCAGGAUCCAGUGCCUCCCCCACAACAGCCUCUGCCAACGCAGGCCAGCGUCAGAGGCCGGGGGGCGGGACACCUCAGGGGGCCAAGCCAGUCGCGUCUGUCCCAUCAUCGUCCGUCUCUUCUCAGUUGCCACAGGUCUCCACAGCAGGUAGCAGCAGUCUGCUCAGCUCACCCUCAUCUCUUCCCCUGGGCUUUGGGAUGCUGGGGGGCCUGGUGCCCGUGUCCCUGCCCUUCCAGUUCCCCCCGCUGCUAAACCUGCCUCCACUGGGUACAGCAGGAUCCAGUGCAGCAGCCAAUGUCUCUGCAGCCAGUAGCAAUGCAUCGUUCUCCACCCUGACACAGAAUCUGUAUAAGAGUCUCCAGUCAGGGUCUCAGGUUGCUCUGCCUCCUCACUUGCAGCUCGCUUUCUCAGAUGUUCAGAGCCAGGGCGGAGACGCUAAGAGGAAGACUCUAUGAUGCAGCUGGAUUUCAACGCCCAGGGGACGCUGUCUCAUGAAAUGACAAAUCAGGACGGAACGUGGGUGAAAAACAGACAGACCACGUGUAACUUGGGUCUGACACGAGGACGGGGUCACACUUUUAAGAUAAUUGAUCUGAGAAGAUCGGCUCAACUUUUCAUGAAUACCACAGUUAAAUAUAACUUUUUUAAAAUGAUUUGAUAACUUUUAAAUACUAUUCUUCAUAGAAUUGUUAAAUGAAAUGACAAAUACAGUUUGUCAAUGUUUACAACAUAGACCUAUAUCACUGUGGACAGGGAGAAGGAGUGAAUGGGAUUUUUAGCUGAGUGACGGGGUGUGUGUGUGUGUGUGUGUGAGAGAGAGAAUGAGGGUUUGAAAGGUAGGUGGGACUGAACGUGUGCCUUUUGUAUGUCUCCCUCUCUGAUGCAUGGUCAGUGUGUCUAUUUGGUGCUGUUUUUAUCAUAAUGUAAUUAUCACUGAUACCUGUAAGAAAUGUAAACUGCAAAUAGAAUGAACUUUUUUUUCUCCAAUGAGAGCUGUACACUUUUUCAUUGUACUUGAAUGAAUUUCUUUCUGUAUAGAACUCAAACCUACUUUUAAUUAAAAUU